AUGGGUCCCUCCAGCGGUGACGCCGCCCGGUCUGAUGAUUUGCUGUCGUGGGAAGAAGACGCGUACGAGUUGGUGUGCGACGUCUGCGCGGAUGGUGGCUGCGCCAUUGCCCUGGUUUUGUGCGAAAACGCAAUUUCGCCGGACGAUCGGAGCAAUGGCCGGAAGGGAGGGUGCAACGGUGCCCGACACGUCUACUGCUUUGAUGUUCCACAAUACGGGGCGAAAUUGAAGGACCUUGAGUACUACUGCCCUUUCUGCGCGAACAACGGGAGGGAGAAGGCGUUUGCGGCCGAGAGAUCACCCUCAGUCGAGCUGCCUCGAAGAGAUUCCAGGACGCUCAAUGCAGCUAAAAGCCCUGCCGGCCGGCCCCAGAAGCGCAAGGCUAUGACACAGCGAGUGGAACCAUUGCCAGCACCAUCUUUCAGCACGUUGGCCAGCCGAAGCUCCUGGCGAACUGAGCCAUCAAAAAUGAGCAGGCAGGAAUCCAGCUCAUGCACAAUUGCAGAUGCUGGUGGAAAGCAGCCCAAUAGACGUGGUCCUGGGGAAGGCCAACACAAGCGCCCUUCAGCCCCUGUGACACAGAGAGAUGCAGCUGUUGAUGGCAAGGACACAGCAAAGAAUGCUCUUCAGGACAUGGGCAAGAGCACGCAGCCCAAGAAGCCCAAGGACUUUAAGAUGGAUGGAGGGGCUGCAGAUUGGAAGGGGGCUGUGCAGAAUAAGACAGGCGUGACGGGAGCAACCUCCACAUGUGUGCCCAACCUGGGAAGCCGGUCUCAUUCCCUGGACUGGGGAGCAUCUUGGGCUCCUGUCAAGACAACACUACCUCGUUCAAAGUCUGUCCCAGCUCCCAAUCUGGGCGCAGCAGUGGCAAGGAGUGCACCGUCAGAAAGUCAGCCAAGCAAGCUCAUCUCUGCAGCACAAACGCCACGCCCAGGGUCGCCCCCACCUGAAAAUCGUGCUUGUCCCACAACUUCAGUCCAAGGCCGUACCUUUCAGUAUCUCAUGGAGCAGAUACAAAAUGCAUGUCCUGAAGACAACCCAGAAUAUGGUAAAUUCAGGGAAGAGGAGCUGGGCGAUGUGAUUUGGAAGGGUGACUUCACUGUGCAUGGAAUUGACAGAAAAUUAUUCACGGAAUUCCCUGCCGAGGCCUGUAUAGUGCCGACACACGAAGCUUGUAGAGCAGCUGCUGAUCGCCUCGGUCGCCACGUCUUGGUUAAUCUGUGUGGACGUCAACAAUCAACAAAGAUCUUGACUGAAGAACAGUUGGAGUCUGUUGAGGGAAAUGCAGCGGUGGUGUUUCGUUGCUCUGACCAAAUUUCAGAGCCCAUGGAACAUUUAUGCAGGAUGAUGACAGAGCAGCAGUUGACAGCUGUAUGCGACUGUGAUGACUUAAACGUCUUAGUGAUGGUUGCACCCUCUGGAGGCAGUGCUUGCUUGCUUGGAGCAUUUUUGUCCAAGUUGCAGCCUCCAGCUCCACGUUUGAGUUGGAGGCGAAGCUCCAAACCAAGGAGAAGUGUUCUGGCGAGCUAUGACCUUGUUUUCCACUUCUCUGCAACUCAGAAAGAAUUUCUGCAAGACACAGGGGCCCUCACUGGUAGCAUUAUGCAGCAGCAAAUCAAGAAUGCGCUGGGUGCUGUGGCUAGACAACACCUUGUCAACUCUUCGAAAUAUGGCUUGGCAGUCUGGGGCGGUACAAAGAGAUGGGAAGAUGUCUUGCGUGUGUUGGAAGAGUGUGACGUCACUUGUACACCUUCUUCCAAAGACGUGGUUGAGGUGACUGUGAGAGCUCAGCUAAGAAGAAAGGACACAUUGGAGCAAGUGAGCAGAGCUCUCAAGCAUCUCAUGCAAUUGGAUGCAACUGUGACUAAUUUCCUCUCGUCUGGUAAGCCAGAACCUGACAGUUGCAGGGAAAUGGCAGUGCAGUUGUUGUCCUGUGUACCAGGGGCGGUUGCACGAUUGUUUUUGCUUUUGAGCAGCCCUUAUGAUGUUUUACAAUGUAACUGUUGA